CAUCUUCAGUCCUUCUCUCUCUCUCUCUCUCUCUCUCUUCCCCUCACUAUAAGUACCCUUCCCUCUUCCACCCUCUCACCUUCCUCUUCGAACCCUAGACUCAAUCGAGCGAGCUUACUAUCUGGAUCGAUCGAUGUUUACGGAGAAGCGGAUCGUCGUCGCCGGAAAUGGCGAAGUCAAACUGCCGGUUGGCUUCCGUUUCCGUCCCACCGACGAAGAGCUCGUGGUUCGCUACCUGAAGCCGAAGUUCCAUUCUCUUCCGCUGCCGGCUUCCGUCAUCCCCGAGGCCGACGAUGUUUUCAACACCGAUCCCUGGGACCUCUCAGGUGAUCCGAGGGAGAAAAGGUACUUUUUCAGCAGAAGAAGAUGGGAUGCAAACAGAUGCAGGGGAACUACUACGGGCUGUGGUCACUGGAAAGCCGUCGGCAAAGAGAAGUAUAUUAUGAGCAAGCAGCAGCAAGCGGUGCUUGGGAUCAGAAAAACACUGGUUUUCCGCCAUGGCCAUGGGAGGCAACCUCGCGAGUCAACAACUCAGUGGGUCAUGCAUGAAUACCGCCUUCUUCUGGGCUCUGAAACCACCGUCAACUCAUCAUCAUCUCAGAAAUCUGGGGGAGAGAGAGAAGAGUGGGUCGUUUGUGGAACAUAUCAGAGGAGAAUGAAACCCAGAAAGAAUAAAGGGGGCUAAGACAAACAGGCCAUUGGAGAAAAGCAGCAGAAUUAAUAUUAACAUGGUGGCAGAAAGCAGUGAGGCUGAGGCUGACAGGCGCUUCAUCAAUCAUCGUCAUGUUCAAGUGAAGUCCCUGAUGAGUCUUCUUCUUCUUCUUCUUCUUUCUUCUUCUUCUUCCUUUAAGACCAGUCCCUGCAUGCCCCAGUAGUAGUUUCUCUUCCCUUUUCCCCCACUUCUUCUGUACCCCUACCACUUGUUAGUUCUGUCACCAAUGAGAGUUGGGAGAUGAUCAUCAUCAAAAUUAAGUCUCUCUCUCUCUCUCUCAACUAAUACAGAUCCCUAGCUAGUUGCAAAAUUAGAAUAAUUAAGACUUUGUAGGUGUAUAAGAUUGACACCCUAUGAAUGCAAAAUGGUCUUUAUCA